ACAUGGCGAUAAUAUUGGCCAAAACCAGACUGAAUUAAAAACUCUCAAAUUCAUCCCCCUUUCCAUUUUUAGAGGGGCUGGAGAUGGAAAAAAACCUAGAUUAACCCCACCCCCCUACCCCUAUUUUCUAACCAUUUUCAUUUUUAGCCAUGGCCACUUUCUUGUUAUAUUUCUUCAUUUUAACCACAACCCCAUCUGUCUUUCUUUAUGUAUUUGCUCAAUCAGAUUCUGCAGAUACUGCACCUGCAAAAUCUUUUCCCUCUUUUACCCCUCAAGAUAAUUACCUUAUUGAUUGUGGGGCCACUUCUCCUACUACCCUUCCAGGGAAUAAAAAUUUUCAACCUGACCAAAACACAGCCAAAUAUCUUUCUUAUAGUGGUAAAGACAUAUCAGCUUCUGCUUCAGAAAAUCUUACUGUGCCUUCAAAUAUUUACCUUAAUGCAAAAAUAUUUACAACCGAAGCUACGUACACAUUUCAUGCAACUAGUCCUGGAUUACACUGGAUCAGAUUACAUUUCUUACCUUUUAAAUACAACGAAUACGAUCUCAAAACAGUUAAAUUUUCCGUUCAAACGGAUACAUUAGUCCUUCUCCGCGAUGUCCAAUUCGCGAAAGAUGAAGUCAUUAUCAAGGAAUUUAUUGUUGAUGUAACAAAUGAACGUUACGCAAUUAAAUUUCAACCAGCUAAAGGUUCUGUGGCGUUUAUUAACGCCAUUGAAUUUGUUACUGUCCCUGAUAAAUUGCUUGAUACUUCUGUUCCUGUACUUUUCCCUGUGUCACAAAAAUUUGAUCUUUCGAAAAGUAAUUUUGUGACAAUGUAUAGGCUUAAUGUUGGUGGUCCAAUGUUGGAUUCGACGAACGAUACAGUUGGUCGAAAUUGGUUGCCUGAUUCACAAUUUCGAAACAAUGCAACUGGUGAAGAGGUAUCUACACAACCUUCUGUUAUUAACUAUCCUAAAUCAGGCGGUUCGCCAUUAAUUGCUCCACCAACAGUGUAUAGCUCUGCUGUUAAAAUGGCUGAUUCAGAAACUACACUUCCGAAUUUUAAUAUAUCUUGGACUAUGGAUAUUGAUACUACAUAUUCUCACUUGAUUCGUCUCCAUUUCUGCGAUAUUAUUAGCAAAGCACUCAAUGAGCUUUACUUUAAUGUGUAUAUUAACGAUAAAAUGGCGAUUUCUGGGCUAGAUUUGUCCUCGUUGACAAAUCAUUUGGCUACAGCUUUUUACAAGGAUUUUGUUGUGGAUUCAUCUAUGGUAUCAAACCCGCUCGUUGUACGUGUAUCUCCUGUUAAUGAUGCUCAAGGUUUUAGGAAUGCAAUUCUGAACGGUGUUGAGGUAUUUCGGAUGAAUAAUUCUGUGGGUAGUUUAGAUGGAGAAUAUGGAGUUGAUGGAAAAAAACAAAGUGGACCAAGUAAAACUGUGGCUUAUGUUGGAUUUGCAAUGAUGUUUGGAGCUUUUGUUGGUUUAGGUGCAAUGGCUGUUAAAUGGCAAAAGAGACCACAAGAUUGGCAAAAGAGGAAUAGUUUCUCAUCUUGGUUGCUUCCACUUCAUGCUGGAGAUACAACUUUUAUGUCAUCAGCGUCGCGAAAGAGUCAAUUCUUCUCAUCUACAAUGGGAGGAUUAGGUAGAUACUUUAGUUUUGCUGAAUUGUCAGAUGCUACGAGGAAUUGGGAUCCAACUGAAAUUAUUGGUGUUGGUGGAUUUGGAAAUGUAUAUUAUGGAGAACUUGACGAUGGGACUAAAGUUGCAGUUAAGAGAGGUAAUCCGCAAUCUGAGCAAGGUAUUAAUGAAUUCCAGACUGAAAUUCAGAUGUUAUCUAAGUUAAGGCAUCGACAUUUGGUGUCGUUGAUAGGGUAUUGUGAUGAAAGUUCUGAGAUGAUAUUGGUAUAUGAGUUUAUGGAAAAUGGUCCUUUUAGAGAUCAUUUAUAUGGAAAAGAUAUGCCACCUUUAACUUGGAAACAAAGGCUAGAUAUAUGUAUUGGUGCUGCUCGCGGACUUCAUUACCUGCACACGGGUGCAGCUACUGGUAUUAUACAUAGAGAUGUUAAAACCACCAACAUUUUACUCGAUGAGAAUUUCGUUGCCAAGAUGGCUGAUUUUGGGCUAUCGAAAGACGGACCAACAACGGAUCAGACUCACGUGAGUACUGCUGUUAAGGGAAGUUUCGGAUACUUAGAUCCUGAGUAUUUCAGGACACAACAAUUGACAGACAAAUCUGAUGUUUUCUCGUUCGGGGUUGUACUUCUUGAAGCGUUAUGUGCUCGUCCUGCUAUUAAUCCAGCGCUUCCACGAGAGCAAGUGAAUUUGGCAGAAUGGGCAAUGCAAUGGAAGAGAAAAGGCUUAUUAGACAAGGUUCUUGAUCCAACACUUGUAGGACAAGUUAAUCCGGAAUCAUUGAAAAAAUUUGCUGAAGCAGCAGAGAAAUGCUUAGCGGAUUAUGGCGAUGAGAGACCUACAAUGGGUGAUGUUUUGUGGAAUUUGGAAUAUGCAUUGCAACUACAAGAAGCCUCAUUACAAGGAAAGGCGGAGGACGAAAACAAAGCUGUUAUUGCUACACCAGUUUGUCCUCCUAUUUUCGCCCCCGCUCCUGCUCCAGCUGUUGUUGUUUCCACUACUGAUAAUCAACAAAGUAGAAAUCCUGCUGAAGUUCAAGCUGUUGAUGAUAAUUCAGAGACAGCAAUGUUUGCUCAAUUUGCUGCUUUAAAUGGAAGAUAAAAUGCACAUUUGUUUGAUAGACAAAUCAAAAGUUUAUAAUGGUAAUGACAUACUUGUGUAUAUGUGUGUAGUAAAGUUCAGCUUUUUAUGGACAGCAUUUUGCUUGAAAGAAAAGUUGAGGAUUGGAUUCUACUUCUAUUAGAAUGAUGUAAUGUUUCUCAUAAUUUACUUUAAUUUACUCCAUUAAUUCUUUCCUUUUCCCCCC